AGCCACCGGCGUACCUCGACGGACCACCGCACGCACCCCCCUCCUCUGCUCCGUUCGUGCUCCCUGCGCCGCGCACCCCGCCGCGGCCAGCGCACAGCCAAUCUCCUCCCCUCCCCUCGACGGCUGGCGUACGCUGGGUUGAGUUACAUCUCUCGUCUCCGGCGGUGGAAGCUGCGCGAACCGUACUCGCCUCCCUCUCCGCCCCAGCGCUCGCUCGCACCACGAAACGCACGGACCUGCCUCCGCGUCACUCCGUUCGCCACCCCGGCAGGCAACGCCAGCGGCCAGCGACGACGAAGGACGAAUCCCUAGCGCCCGCUCUCCGUCGCGCCCCCGCCUCCACCUCACUCCGCGCGCCCUGCUGCGUCUGCACCACGCCGUCCGCGACCCUGCGUGCGCCGGUGAGCAGUCCCACCGAGAGGACGAUCUCCGCAAAGGCCCCAAGAUAAUACAGAUGGACGAGGUCACACAAGCCGUUGAAAACCUGAAAAAGGAAUGGAGCCAAGCAGUUGAACAGCUUGAGGUGUGCAUUGCUGCAAUUGAAUCCUGUGGGAAGAUGGGGAAAGGGACAGAAGAAGCAAUGUCUCUUCCUCGGUUGAACGGUUCUGCACAGGAUGCACUGCAAUUGCUCAAUGCACUGCAGUGCAGGCUUGAUCUUCUGGCAGAGCAGCUACCCACUUUUGAAGAAGUUCAGUCUGGACAGGCAACCUUAGGAUCAUGGAAGGAACAGUAUCAGAGGCUGCGUGUGAACCUGAGGAGUGCUAACUUGCAAGCAAAAGCGAACAUUGGAAAAGCUGCUCAAGAAGAGAGGGGGCUUCUUCUGGGAGGUGGAGAAGAGUCCACUGUCCGGAGGCGUAAUCUCCAGACAAAGGCUGGGAUGACAUCUGCUGCAGAAAGUAUUACUGAGAGCCUCCGUAGGUCUCGGCAGUUGAUGGUUCAGGAAGUGGAAAGAAGUGCUAAUACCUUGUCAACUUUUGAUGAAUCGACAAGUGUUCUGCGAAAGGCUGAAGGCGAGUAUCAGGGGCACCGCUCUUUGCUGAUGCGCACCCGUGGUUUGCUCUCCACGAUGCAACGACAAGAUGUUCUCGAUAGGAUCAUCCUGACCAUUGGGUUCCUCGUGUUCUCCUUGGCGGUUCUGUAUGUUGUCUCGAGACGUAUUGGCCUGUUGACACUGCAAAGGAAGCUGGCUGAUGCUAUCAGAUCAGGCUCAGUAUCAGCUGGAGACAUCUUGGCUAAAGUACAGGAGGGACCUGCCCCAACAGAUGCUCCCCCAAUCUAUGAUGAACUGUGAUUUUACUUCCACCCAUCGUUUAUAGACGAGCUUACAUCCAGAAGCAAGCUUACCUUUCAGAGUUCUUAUUUCUUAGUACAUGUUGUCUAAAGUAACGUUUGCCCAAAAAGGCUAUACUGGUGCAUUGACCUGCUGUUAGAGAGUUGAAAUCGGAGUAUGCUUUAUGUUGCUUCCAUCAAGCCUCAAAACUCUGUACAGUUAGAAUGCAUUUUCUCUUCUCACUCUACAUUACCUGGGACAUAUACUACAUUACUCCCUCCGAUCCAUAUUACUUGUCGCUGCUUAUAUUAUGCGAGUAUUAAUAUUAUGGGAAAAGCAAUGUUCGUUCACAUA